CUCCGCCCCCAUCACCAAAAGAACAAUGGCCGCCUCCGUCCCGAGUGCCGCAUCGGCUGCCGUCCUCCAGCCCUCGGAGAAGGUACCGGACUCAGCCGUAACAGUUGAGGGUCCAAACUUUGAGAAACCUCUUUCUCUCCAAGAAUUUCUAGGCAGCUAUGAGCGGAUCGGAUUUCAGGCAAACAGCCUGGGCAAGGCGAUCAACAUCAUCAAUAAAAUGCGUAAAUGGAGAUUGUCUGACGAUCCGAUCGCUCCAGACGAGCCGGAGGAGUAUAAGGAUCCUCAAGUCCGCGCUCAGACGAAAUGCAACAUCUUCCUCGGCUACACCUCUAAUCUGAUCUCUUCCGGCCUUCGUGAAGUAAUUCUACACCUCGUCAAGCACAAGCACGUCGCUGCUCUCGUUACUACGGCUGGCGGUAUCGAAGAGGACUUUAUCAAAUGCCUGGGAAAGACCUACCUCGCCGACUUUAAUCUCGAUGGUGCAGAUCUCCGUCGCCGCGGUAUGAACCGUAUAGGCAAUCUCAUCGUCCCCAACGACAAUUACUGCAAGUUUGAAGACUGGCUCACACCCAUUCUCGACGCUAUGUUGGAGGAACAGAAGGCGACAGGCGAGGUGUGGACGCCGAGUACCUUCAUCCGCAGGCUAGGGAAGGAGAUCAAUAACGAGGAGUCCGUGUACUAUUGGGCCUACAAAAACGACAUCCCCGUCUUCUGCCCUGCGUUGACGGACGGGUCGAUUGGAGACAUGAUUUAUUUUCACUCUUUCCGCAGCCCAGGAUUGAUCAUCGACAUCGCGCGCGACAUCCGUGAGAUUAACGAGAAGGCGCGACGGUCGAAGAAGGCAGGGAUGAUAAUUCUGGGCGGUGGCGUUUGCAAGCACCAGAUCGCCAACGCUAUGCUCAUCCGCAACGGAGCUGACUACUCUGUGUACAUCAACACCGGGCAGGAGUUCGAUGGCUCAGACUCAGGCGCCCGCCCAGACGAGGCUGUCUCCUGGGGGAAAAUCAAAGGAGGAGCAGAGACAGUGAAGGUGUACGCCGACGCAACUCUCGUCUUCCCUAUGGUCGUUGCCGCCACCUUCGCUCGGGAUAUGGAGGCGAACGCUUAAGCAAACAAAAGCAUGCUUGGGAUGCAUCAAUGUAUACCUAUAUGUACACUACGAAACGAAUGCUGCGAGAGUGCCUUCAUGCUGCACCUCCUUCAAGUUCAUUGCCUC